UCCAUGCAGACCAAACCGAAGCGUCGGCGCCUGGCCGCGACACGGCGGCACGCUCCAUGGAACGCCGCGUCUGACCUGAGCCCCCUCGCUUUCCUGCGCCCGGUGCCCGAUGCCGCUCGCCGGCAUCGCCCUCGCGCCUCUCUUCGUCUCCCACCUCGCGCCUCCACAUCAUCGCCGCAGCAGCGUUGCUUCCGCCGCCGCCGCCGCCGCGAGAAGGAGGCCGCGCGCGGUUCAGUGCUCCGCUACCGCUACUGCCGCGUCCGGUGAAGGCGCAGGAGACGACGUUGAGCUCUCCCGAGGGACGCUGCUCUGGAGGGCGGCAAAGCUGCCAAUCUACUCCGUGGCGCUUGUGCCACUCACGGUUGGAAGCGCCUGUGCUUACCAUCAUGUGGGUUCAUUCUUUGGUAAACGGUAUUUUGUUCUCUUGGUUGCAUCAGUCCUUGUGAUCACUUGGCUCAAUCUAAGCAAUGAUGUUUACGAUUCAGAUACUGGGGCUGAUAAGAACAAGAAGGAAUCUGUUGUUAACAUCGUUGGCAGUCGAACGAUGACGCAAUAUGCUGCAAAUAUUUCUCUCCUGUUCGGAUUUAUGGGGCUAUUUUGGGCCUUUGCCCAAGCUGGGGAUGCCAGGUUCAUUUUAUCGGUAACCUGUGCAAUCAUCUGUGGCUAUGUUUAUCAGUGCCCACCAUUCCGACUAAGUUACAGGGGACUAGGUGAACCAUUAUGUUUUGCUGCAUUUGGUCCAUUGGCAACCACAGCUUUCUACUUCUCAAACAGCAGCAGAAACAUUUCCAGAUGCUUCAAUUACAGCGGAACAGCUCUUCUCCCUCUCAGUAAAACAGUCAUUGCUUCAUCCAUUCUAGUUGGGCUGACGACUACCCUGAUACUCUUCUGCAGCCAUUUUCAUCAGAUUGAUGGAGAUCGUGCUGUUGGGAAAAUGUCUCCCCUGGUAAGAAUUGGCACCAAAACAGGAUCAAGAUUAGUGACUCUUGGGGUUGUCACGCUUUAUGUUCUUUUGGCUGCUUUUGGCAUGAGCAAAUCUCUUCCAUCAGCUUGCACUGUCCUUUGUGCCUUGACACUCCCUGUGGGCAAAUGGGUUGUGGACUAUGUGCUGAAAAACCAUGAAGACAACAGCAAGAUUUUCAUGGCAAAGUAUUACUGUGUUCGGCUACAUGCUCUGUUUGGGAUGGCACUGGCUUCUGGUUUAGUCUUGGCUAGAAAUGGCACACUGGUCUGACAGACGACCAACCUUGACAUCCUUGUGAAGACCCAGAGCAGACCGCCGUCUUGCAGUUUCAGACUGAGUACCUCCAGUAGCUGUUUGGUUCCAGAGCAAGCUUGAACGACGAGUGCAAUGGCAGUGCAAUUGUGCAGCCAUUUGGCAGCUAGAUUGGGUAGGCAGAGCGAAUCAGAGAAAGAAGCACAGGUUUGGAAGCACUGCCAGCCAAGGCAGUGGAGAGUGUAGAGGAUGGUAAAUUGCCUGAAACCGGAAUGAAUGGAGAGGUACUUGAGUUGUUGGCUACAGAAUCCCAGUCAUUUAUCUCCAUGAGAAAAAAAGCCCAGCUAUGCAUUUCUUCCCAUCGCAGUAAAGAUUGCCGUUGCACAGGAGGCUCCCAGUGUGAAUUGAUUUUCAUGCCGGGACAGAUAGGACAUGUCAUGUUCUACCAUUACUUCUUCCUCCCAAGCACCAACAGCUAUUUGGUAGUACACCACUCAUCUGGGCAGUUUCGCAUGUGCCUUUAACACUUCUAGUUUCCUGGCUAGUGAUUUGUGAUAUUACUUUUACAGAUUUUCUGAGUUUAUGGGUGGGAGAUGAGUUGGUUCAUGAUUUUUUUUCUCUGUUUUUAAACUCAUGAAUUCCUUAAUUCUAAAAACAGGUUACUUCA